GAUGCACAAGCCCAAUUGCGAAUAAACUGAUCUACCAGCAGAUUUGUGGUUAUCCAAGUGUCUGGAAGAAUUUACCGGGAAAAUGGCACUCAGACUUCAUGCAAAAUCCCUGCUAGUUCUCAGGGAACAAUGCACAAAGACAUUUGCAACAACAUCAGCCGCUAAAACAAGCUGGUGGCCCCAUGUGGAAAUGGGCCCACCUGACGCGAUCCUCGGGGUCACCGAGGCAUUCAAGCGUGACACCAACCCUAACAAGAUGAAUCUGGGAGUUGGAGCAUACAGGGAUGAUGAGGGCAAACCAUUUGUUCUCUCAUCAGUAAGAAAGGCUGAGUCAAUAAUAGCAGCCAGCAAUGUUGACCAUGAGUACCUCGGUAUUACUGGCCUUCCUGACCUGACCAAAGCUUCGGCCAAGCUUGCCUUUGGGGAUGACAGCGAAGUUGUUAGCAGCGGAAGGAAUGUAACAGUCCAAGGUAUAUCUGGGACAGGUUCUCUUUGCAUCGGGGCAAACUAUCUCUCCAAGUUCUUCCCUGGCAACAAAACCGUGUAUCUCCCCAAACCCUCCUGGGGCAACCAUACUCCAAUUUUUAAGCAUGCAGGUCUGGAUGUGCAAGGGUAUCGGUACUAUGACAAAGAAACGUGUGGCUUUGAUGCUGCUGGGGCUAUGGAAGAUAUUUCGAAAAUCCCAGAGAAGUCUAUUAUCAUCCUGCAUGCCUGCGCUCACAAUCCAACAGGAGUGGACCCUAAGCCAGAGCAAUGGAAAGAAAUGGGCAAACUGAUCAAGGAGAGGCAGCUGUUCCCCUUCUUUGAUAUGGCGUACCAGGGCUUCGCCAGCGGGGACCUCGCCAAAGACGCCUGGGCUCUGAGGCAUUUCCUCGACGAGGGUCACACGGUUGCCCUCGCCCAGUCCUACGCCAAGAACAUGGGACUGUACGGCCAGAGAGUGGGCGCAUUCAGCCUGGUUUGCGCAGACGCUGAGGAGGCCAAGCGCUGCGAGUCUCAGUUGAAAAUCAUCAUCAGGCCCAUGUACUCCAACCCGCCGGCCUAUGGGGCUAGAAUUGCAAGCACUAUUCUCAAUACACCAGAACUUAAUGCAGAAUGGAAGAAGGAGUUAGAGUUGAUGUCUGGUCGUAUCAUCACAAUGCGAGACCAUCUGGUAGCUAACCUGACUAAGGAAGGGUCUACCCGGGACUGGUCACACAUCACUGAUCAGAUCGGCAUGUUCUGCUUCACUGGACUCAAACCGGACCAGGUGGAGAAGAUCACCAAGGAUUUCUCGGUCUACCUGACGAAAGACGGUCGAAUCUCCGUCGCCGGUAUCUCAUCUAAGAACAACGCCUACUUGGCCCAUGCCAUGCACGAAGUCACCAAGUGAAGGAAUGAAGAGGAACAAUUCUUGUAGACCCCUUUCAAAUGAGUUGUAUACUAAAGCUACCCUACAUGUAGGUGUUGUUUAAGUCAUCGUAAAUCCCCAUCUUGAAUCAAGAUGCAGCCACGUUCAUCCAAUCAGAUCAAUGUAACCAAACUGAGGCUUGGAGGAAAAUAGUCUGGUACCGGUUUGGUUCAAUUGUAAUCUUCAUUUAUGGUAAUUGUUGAAGACUCAUCAAUAUAUUUAUCUCAUACAGUUGUGUGUAAACCAUUGAUAGAUCCUCAGUAAUGAGGUCAAGUGGGGGUCGCAGCUGCUGGUAGCCCUUUAGAGUGUACCAAAGUCUUUAGUGUCAUCAGCCUUUGGAAACAUAUUUUGUCCACUUAAAGCCUUAAACGUUAAUGCUUUCAUUUGCAAGGGGUCUGUUACCGCAUCUCAAUUUUUUCCUAUUUCUGAUAAAAAAAAUUAUUUCCUUCUUCCAUGUUGUCAACUUGAGUUUCUUCUAAACUCUGAGAAAAUUUUGAAUUUGUAAAUUUUAUAGGAAAAUGUUGGGAUGUGGCCAUUUUGGGGAAAACCACGGUUUAGGCUUGGGUGCUUGUUUAGGGAUCCUGUUCGAAGUCCUGUACUGAAAGUGCAUGCUUUUUUUCGAAACUACCGACAGAGCCCAAGGCUGAGCCUAAGCCAAAGCCGUGAUUUCGAAAAGGGCCUACAAUACAUUUUAAAGAUUAAUAUACUGGUCUUGUUUCCUGUUCCAUAGAUAUAUGAAAAUAGGUGUACUAAAAUGAUGAAAACAAUUUGUAGUACAAUUAAAGAAUGGUUAUUUUCAAUAUUUCAAUAUUUUAAAAAUACUAUAAAGUUGGUUACGGCUUGAUAACAACCAGCUGUACUUGGCAGCUGGGCCCAACAUCAUAGCUCUGCUUACUGCCGAAUUAUGCGCUUACGAUCAAAAUUCUCCACUUUUUGUGCAAGCACCGAAUUUCUUCGCUAGCUGUGUAAGCGAAGAAUGCCUAGUAGUGUGGAGUAUGCAAGGGCUCAUACAAAAAGUCCCUGCUAACCCCUGAAUGACUUAAGGGCUAAAUUCCCUGUUUGUGUAACCAUAAUUGGGCCCAAGUCACUAGACAAAUUCAGUAACUAUCUCUCUUCACACCUAAUGUACUCGGAUUUGUGUAUCCUUAAUCGUGCCUAGCAUGCCCAAGUUAGCAUUGUUGAGGUAUGUUGGACCCUAGGAGUGCGCUUUUUGGUUUGGGUGUCUACAGCUAGACAAAAAAUUACCCAAACUAAAUAGUGUCAACGGUAUUCUGUCCACUAUACCUCAAAAUGGCUUAUUACUAAGCCACCUCAAAAUGGCUAAUUACCAACAAUCCAUUUUUAGGUAUGUUGGACACAAUACUUAGCAUGCAUGCUUCAAAGAUUUUAACAUAGUAGUUUUGAGUGUGUAGUUUUGGAUGACAAUUCAAUUUCUUUAAACUUCACUUUUACGGUGUGCAUUCUUACAAUAAAUACACAGCCAUUGGAUGGUCUACCUUAAGUUAGAUAGAGAUUUCUUUGCUGUUUGAGGCACAUCCAGUGAGUGUAAACUUAUUUCAGCAGUGAUGGUUUUUUAAAGAUUAAACUCUGAACUCACUAGGGGUUAUUUGCUCCUGAAGUUGUAGACUUGAUUUCAAGUCUUAGAUCGUGGUUAUUCCUCUGCAUCAGCCACAAAAAAUACAUCAGCCACAAAAAAUGCCCCAACUCACAAUUUCAUAGGAUAGUGACAUGGGUGAAUCUACAAGAGGGGGGCGCUAUUUCAGGCAAUAAUGUAUUGGCUAUCGGGGAGACUAAAAGCCACGAUCGCAGACUUGAAACCAAGUCUACUGAAGUUGGACUGGGCAGCAAUUUUGUUUUCGUACCACACGCUGGUCAUCGAAUACAUGCAUAAGGUAUGGCCACUUUCCCGGAUCCCUUCACUGUUGACCUCGUGACCAGCAUGUGGUAAAAAAAAA